CUCUGGAGCUCGGUGGCCGGCGGGCAGCCGCGUGCCGCGGAGAGGGCUACUCUGAGCCAAGUCCAAUUGCCCGAACUCUGUGGUAUUAACCGUGUGUUUCCUGGGCUGGAGCUGGAUGCGGAGGGCCGAAGACUUCCUAAUUGUCGCUGUGUCCGGCCACCCGCGCCGACCUUCAGAGGACAAGGAGUAUGUGGGGUUUGCCGCCCUCCCCAACCAGCUGCAUCGCAAGUCUGUCAAGAAGGGGUUUGACUUCACACUCAUGGUGGCAGGGGAGUCGGGCCUGGGAAAAUCUACCCUCAUCAACAGCCUAUUUCUCACCAACCUCUAUGAGGAUCGGCAAAUACCAGAAGCCAGUGCUCGCUUGACGCAAACGCUGACCAUCGAGCGCCGGGGCGUGGAGAUCGAGGAGGGGGGUAUUAAGGUGAAGCUGACUGUGGUGGACACACCUGGCUUUGGGGACUCAGUGGACUGUUCAGACUGCUGGCAACCUGUGGUGCGCUUCAUCGAGGAGCAGUUUGAGCAGUAUCUUCGGGAUGAGAGUGGCCUGAACCGGAAGAACAUCCAGGAUUCCCGUGUCCACUGCUGCCUCUACUUCAUCUCACCCUUUGGCCGAGGGCUCCGUCCCCUAGAUGUGGCCUUCCUCCGGGCAGUGCACGAGAAGGUAAACAUCAUCCCAGUCAUUGGCAAAGCAGAUGCCCUAAUGCCAAAGGAAACACAGGCCCUCAAACAGAAGAUCCGGGAACAGUUGAAGGAGGAAGAGAUCAAUAUCUACCAGUUCCCCGAAUGUGACUCUGAUGAGGAUGAAGACUUCAAGAGGCAGGAUGCGGAGAUGAAGGAAAGCAUCCCUUUUGCCGUCGUCGGUUCCUGCGAUGUAGUGCGGGACGGCGGGCCCCGACCGGUGAGGGGACGCCACUACUCCUGGGGCACUGUAGAGGUGGAGAACCCACAUCACUGCGAUUUCCUGAACCUGCGACGGAUGCUCGUGCAGACACACCUGCAGGACCUGAAGGAGGUGACACACGACCUGCUCUACGAGGGCUACCGGGCCCGCUGCCUACAGAGCCUGGCCCGGCCCGGGGCGCGGGAUCGAGCCAGCCGUAGUAAGCUUUCCCGCCAAAGCGCCACAGAGAUCCCGCUGCCCAUGCUGCCUCUGGCAGACACGGAAAAGUUAAUUCGCGAGAAAGACGAAGAGCUGCGCCGCAUGCAAGAGAUGUUGGAGAAGAUGCAGGCCCAGAUGCAGCUGAGCCAGGCUCAAGGCGAGCAGUCGGACGCUCUCUGAGGCCCCCAUCGGGGUUUUCUUUACCUCGCGUCCGCCUUCGGUUCGUCUCUUGUCCAAUCCCGGAGCCCCAGCCUGUAAGGCCCGCCCUUCUAAGGGGCGGGUUCUCAGGUUCUCCCAAUCCUGGAAUUUGUAGCCCCGCCUUUGGCUCCGCCCCAGCUCACGUCUGGAGCUCGACCUCCUCUUCCAAUCCUGAACACCCCCAUCCCCUCCCCACUUCUCCCUAUCCGUGAUUUCAAUAAAAACUGAGUUUCUCUGA